UUAAGAGCUGAAGUGUUAAGCCAAAGAAUCAAAGGAGGACCCGUAAGGUUGACUAGUAAUUAUACUCAAUUGAAAGAGAAAGACAAUUUAAUCAAAAGAAAAAGAAAAAAGAUUAAAAAAAAAAAAAUAUAUAUAGAAACCAAACCAUUACUCAAAAAUGGUGACCAGACCUCAAGCUUCUCUCAAUUUCCAUCCCACUAUACUAUUUCUCUCACUCCUCCUCACUACUCUUCUCCAUCUCACUCACUCCCAAAACUUGAAUUAUUCCGAGUACUACGACCUUUGUGAACCUUUUCAGUGUGGCAACAUAACAUUCAACUUCCCCUUCUCCUCGUUGGCCACCUUCGGCUCCCGUCCCUACGACUGUGGCCUCCCGGGCUUCCAGAUCUCCUGCGACCCCACCUCCUCCCUCGCUGGCCUCGCUCUCCCCGGCCGAUCCUACCGUGUCCUCGACAUCUACACAUCCGAAAACCUCAUCACCGUCGUCGAUCAGCAGCUCAUUGACGACCUUCAUUCCGGCUCAUGUGGGUCCCUAGGAAACCUCUCCCUUUCCACACCCACUGAUUCGCUAUCACCUUUGGCACUCCCUACAUGGGGUAACAACUUCACCUUCUUCAAGUGCCCAAUUGAGGUAGAGACAAUCAUGCCUCAACAAAUUGUGGGGAAUUACAGUUGCAGUACUGAUGAGGGUGAUUAUCGGGUUUAUCUUUGGGAUGCGCGAGUCAACGCCACUCAGUCACCGAGUGGGUGUAAGUCGGUGAUGGUGCCGGUGUCGGACGCGAGCUUGUCUAGGUAUGGGUUCUUGAAUGGGACCAGCCGUAACCGUUCGAUGAAGCUAGUGUUGGGUGUUCUGGAUGAUGGGUUUGCGUUAAAUUGGACAACUCCUAGUGAUUGUGAGAGGUGUCAAAAAAAUGGAGGUGGACGGUGUGGAUAUGGCAGCGGCGCCACCGGCAUCAACAACAUAGUUUGUUUCUGUAAAGCGGGAUGCGGCUCAGCCCCAGCAACACCACCAGUUAGACAUAAAUCAAGUAGAUGGAAGCUCAUUACAGGUGUUGCAUCGGGAAGGUCUUUUGUUCUACUUCUUGUAGUCCCACUGCUCAUAUUCAAAUAUAAAAGGGGAAGUUCUGCAUUCUUCGAGACAAAGGAUCAAAUCACAGAUGGUGAGAGAAAUGCAAGACAGUUCAUUAAGAACUAUCAAUCAACUGUGCUGACCAACUAUCCCUACAAUGACAUUAGAAAAAUGACCAAUGGCUUCAAAGAAAAAUUAGGGGGAGGCGGCUAUGGCAACGUCUUCAAGGGAAAAUUGUCAGAUGGUCGGCUCAUUGCUGUCAAAAUGCUCGAGAAUUGCAGGGACAACAGCCACAAUUUCAUCAAUGAAGUAGCCACCAUUGGUAGAAUCCACCACGUUAAUGUCAUACGUUUAUUGGGAUUUUGUUGGGACGGAUCAAAACAAGCUCUUGUUUAUGAGUACAUGCCCAAUGGAUCUUUAGGAGACUUAAUAUCCAAAGAGGAGGUAAGUGUUUCGCUUGGUUUGGCAAGGCUGCUUGAAAUUGCCAUAGGAGUUGCACAUGGAAUAGAGUACCUGCAUACCGGUUGUGACUCGCGGAUUUUGCACCUUGACAUAAAGCCUCAAAAUGUGUUGCUGGACCAGAAUUUCAAUCCCAACUUUUCUUUUUGGGUAGUUGGUAGAUUUAAAGAAUAUAUCAUGUGAGAGGUUUUAUUAAGGGGUAAUUUAUCAUGUGAGGGAUCCAUUAAUGAUUUUUAGUUUCA